UAUCCACACCUUAAGCUCAGAGCCUCCAGUCUUCUGGCCACGUCCAAUUCACCCACCUACCCCUCACCUGCUCGUCGUUUGCCGUCAAUUAAAGAAACACCUUUCCCCAGCUUGCAGUCAUGUUCACCGCUCGUUCUGCUCUUUCCUCAACUCUCCGCGCCACCCGUACAUCCCUCGUCACCCGUUCAUUCCACGCUUCAGCUCCCAUCAUGGUCAAGGUCGGCGACUCUAUUCCGGACAUUGAGUUGAUGGAGGACUCUCCCGGCAACAAGGUCUCCAUCCCCAAGCUCCUCAAGGGCAAGGGUCUCAUCAUCGGAGUCCCUGCUGCUUUCAGCCCCUCGUGCUCCGAGUCCCACAUUCCCGGUUACAUCAACUACAAGAAUCUCAAGGAUGCCGGUGACGUCUUCGUCGUCUCGGUCAACGACCCCUUCGUCAUGAAGGCAUGGGCCCACGAUCUUGACGCUGACAAGAAGAGCGGCAUCCGCUUCCUUGCCGACCCCGACUGCAAAUUCACCAAGGCUCUUGACCUUGACUUUGAUGCUACCCCCAUCCUCGGUAACCACCGCAGCAAGCGCUACGCCCUGGUCAUCGAGGAUGGCAAGGUCAAGGAGGCCCACGUCGAGCCCGACAACACUGGCAUGAGUGUUUCGGUCGUCGACAAGGUUCUCGGUUAGAUCGUCCCACAUUCUGCCCUCUAGACGCUUUAUGCGAAACAAAUAAAAGGGCCACGUAGUAAUGAGAAACUUUUAGAUUUCCCUUCGCGUCUUUGAAGCUUUUUUGGGGCAAGCUAAUCGCUAUCUGCUGCUUCUUCACCAGGAUACAUUCGAG